CACUUUUUUUCUAUGUAAUGAUAUUUUAUACCAUGGGGAAAGAAAGUGUGAAUGUGAUGCAUCCUUUUGCUAUAAGACAGAGCAACUCAGAGGGGUUUAUGGCUUUAUGCUGACCUGAGAUCGCACUCUUUUUGCUCUCUUCACCUGCAAAAAUCAAAUCUCUGGAUUCAACUACUACCGAUGGACAAAGAAGCCGGUUGCUGCUCCACCCACCUCAUAGAAGGAGAUGGCACUUUUAAUGGUGAAGGACUUGAUAAUUUUAUCAAAGAAGUAAAACUGGCUGAAUGUGGACUUUCUUAUGCUGUUGUUGCCAUCAUGGGUCCUCAAAGCAGUGGGAAGAGCACACUUCUGAAUAAUCUUUUUCACACAAACUUCAGGGAAAUGGAUGCUUAUAGGGGAAGGUCUCAAACCACCAAAGGUAUUUGGAUGGCAAGAUGUGUUGGCAUUGAACCUUGCACCAUAGUAAUGGAUCUUGAAGGUACUGAUGGAAGAGAGCGAGGAGAGGAUGAUACUGCAUUUGAAAAGCAGAGUGCACUUUUUGCCCUUGCUGUUUCAGAUAUAGUGCUUAUCAACAUGUGGUGUCAUGAUAUUGGGCGUGAACAGGCUGCUAACAAGCCACUUCUAAAAACUGUAUUCCAGGUUAUGUUGCGACUAUUUAGUCCACGUAAAACAACUUUGAUGUUUGUUAUUCGUGAUAAAACAAGGACCCCCCUUGAAAACUUAGAACCUGUCUUGAGGGAAGAUAUCCAGAAGAUUUGGGAUUCUGUCCCUAAGCCAGAAGCCCACAAACAGACUCCAUUGAGUGACUUUUUUAAUGUAGAAGUUGUUGCACUUUCUAGUUUUGAAGAGAAAGAAGAACAAUUUAAGGAGCAGGUGGCUAGUUUGAGGCAAAGAUUCUUCCAUUCUAUAGCACCUAAUGGCUUAGCUGGCGAUAGGAGGGGGGUAGUUCCUGCUUCAGGUUUUUCCUUUAGUGCCCAACAAAUUUGGGAAGUUAUUAAGGAAAACAAAGACCUUGACUUACCUGCCCACAAGGUGAUGGUUGCCACUGUAAGAUGUGAAGAAAUUGCUAAUGAGAAGUACUCUUUCUUUGUAACAAACGAGGACUGGUGUGACUUAAAAGAUGCUGUACAAUCUCAUUUAGUCCCAGGCUUUGGAAACAAGCUUAGUUCAAUGAUUGAGGCUUCUUUAUCUAGUUAUGAUGAAGAAGCGACUUACUUUGAAGAUGGUGUUAGAUCUGCCAAACGAAAGCAGUUGGAAGAGAAAUUGAUUCAACUUGUUCAACCGACAUAUCAAUUGAUGCUGGAACACAUACAAUUAGAGACACUCAAUAAAUUCAAAAAAGCACUUGAAGAUGCUUUAAAUGGAGGACAAGGGUUUGCAAAAGCUGCUUGGAAUUGCACCGAAUCAUUCAUGACACUCUUUGAUGAACAAUGCAAAGAUGUGGCUAUCAAACAAGCUGUUUGGGAUUCGGCUAAAGUAAGGGAUAAAUUUUCAUGUGAGAUAGAUUCACAUAUUGCUGAAGUUCAAACAGCCAAACUAGCUGAACUUAAUGCACUAUAUGAGUCAAAGUUGAAAGUGGCAUUGGAAGGACCAGUUGCAGCCCUACUAGAAGGAGGUGGUGAUGACACCUGGCUCGCAAUAAGGAAACUUUUUCAUCAAGAAACCAAAACAACCAUCUCUGACUUUUCUGAUGCACUUUCUGGUUUUGAAAUGGACAAAAAAGCCAAUGAAGAAAUGAUUUCAAAUUUAGAAAUUUUUGCUAGAGGAAUAGUCGAAGGGAAAACAAAAGAAGAAGCAGGGAAAGCUUUGUAUCGCAUGAAAGAGAGAUUUACUUCUCUAUUUAACCAUGAUGCUGAUUCAAUGCCACGUGUCUGGACCGGAAAGGAAGAUAUACGCGCAAUUACCAAAAUAGCCCGGUCUUCUUCUUUAAAGUUGCUGUCUGUAUUGGCUGCAAGUCGUUUGGAUGUAGAUGGUGAUAAGAUUGGGGACACAUUAGUCCUUGCGUUAGUGGAUCACAAAAAAGACAAGAAUACCCCCAUGCAGGACCCAUUGGUCUCCAGCACAUGGGAAGAGGUUCCAGCAACAAACACACUCAUAACUCCUGUUCAGUGUAAAUCAUUAUGGAGCCAAUUUCAAAGAGAGACAGAGUAUACUAUUACUCAAGCCAUUGCUUCCCAGGAAGCUAAUAAGCGAAAUAACAAUAUGUUACCACCUCCAUGGGCAAUAGCUGCUAUGUUCAUCCUAGGAUUUAACGAAUUUAUGACACUUUUAAGGAAUCCAUUAUGGCUGCUUGUUAUUUUUGUGGGUUAUCUUCUUUUCAAAGCAUUGUGGGUCCAACUAGACAUAUCUGGUGAAUUUAGCAAUGGCAUGCUUCCAGGAAUUCUGUCUUUAUCCACCAAGUUUCUUCCUACAGUCACAAAUCUGCUUAGAAAACUAGCCGAAGAGGGGCAAAAGCCUGUUGUAACCCAGCCACAGGUAUUAGGGUCAAAUUUUCAAGGGGUAGUUUCGUCAUCUGGCUCAUCUGGUGUAACCAUGGAAAAUGGAAAUGGAACCGAGUACACUAGUCCCACCACACAUGUCAAAGAGCAAUAGAUCCAUUCAUUUGAUUUUGAUCACACACUUGUACACAUGCAAAACUCGUUUAUUUACACAUAUAUAUCAUUUUAUGGAUUUUUUAAUAUAUGCUCGAGGAGGGAUAAAUUUUAUAUCAGGUGUCGUGUAUUUUGAUCAUGGGACGUUACUUUUUGUAGUCACAUGUUCAGCUCUUUGUUUGUAUAUUGUAUUUGUGGGUAUGCCUGAAAAGAGACAUUUUUGAUAUUUUUUGUGUCUGUAUUUUAACAAGCUAUAUUUGUAUCUAUAGUACCA